AUGAUCUGUUCCUUUACGGCCCACCUUCCACCUUUGCAGUUGGUUGUCAGUAGCCCACACACAUUACAUCUCCCUGUAUGUCUCCAGUUCAUUGCUUGCCUGUCCCCAUCGAUUACACAUUCUUUUAUAACCUUUCUACUUUCCCUCCCUCCAUUUAUUUAUGUCACUGCCAUAACUCUACACUGCCAAUUCCUCAAACCUACCAAUCAUUGCAUCAACUGCUAUUUUUCUUUCUCUUCCGGUGUUUACUUUUACCUCUUCCUAACUGUCUUUCCCUUUAUCAGUCUUUUUUCUUCUUUAUUUAAUUUAUUUACUCUUUUUGUUCUUCCAUUUCAUUUUUCUCUUUACAUCUUUUUAACAUUCCUUCUUUCUUUUAUCUUCUUUUUUGUUCAUCUUUCUCUAUUUCAUCAUCCCUCUAAUUUUCAUUCAUUCUUUCUUCUCGUUUUCUCCUUCAAUAUUUUCCUCCCCUUUUUCUUCUCCUUUUCUCCUCCAUUAUUUCCCUUCCGUUUUUCUUCUCCUUUUCUCCUUCAAUAUUUCCCUUCCUUUUUUCUUUUACUUUUCUCCUUCAAUAUAUCCUUUCCUUUUUCUUCUCCUUUUCCCCUUCAAUAUUAUCUCCUUUUUCCCUCUCCUAUUCCUCUUCAAUAUUUCCCUCCUUUUUUCCCUUUCCUUUUCCCCUUCAUUAUUUCCUUUCCUUUUUUCUUCUCCUUUUCUCCUUCAAUAUUUCCUUCCCUUUUUCUUCUCCUUUUCCCUUUCAAUAUUUCCCUCCUUUUUUACCUCUCCUUUCCACCUUCAAUUUUUUCCUCCCUUUCUUUCUGUUUUCUCAUCAACAAUUUCUUUCUACAUUUAUUAUCUUGUCUUCACUUUCCCUUUUCUUUCUCAAUGAAGCCAAACAAAAGAACAGUCUCCCAGGCUGUAUUACAAUGCACCAACCAACACAUCCUCUUCUCAGCCUGCAACUUGAGAGGAUUCACUCCUACAACCACCAACUCCAUUGCCAUUCACUCUCUGCCACACAGUUAA